GUACAAUUACAUACUCUUAAAGAAUCCUACACCUAAAUUCACUCUAGUUGACAUAUUUCGCCACAAAUCUUGAAAUUUACGUCGCAUGGGCAAGCCAAUCAGAGCACAGAUAACAAAAGGUUACCACAUGUGGAUGUCGCAACAUAUGUGAGAGUUACGGACGAACACAUUUUCUCACAAAAACUGGCAUAUUGUGCAAUUUUUAACGACAUUUUCCCGUCAGAUCUUUUACCGCCUUCUUGUUUGUACAGUACAAAUUGUGUACAUGUUGAGGAGAGAUGGGAAAGAAGAAGGGGAAGAAGACCCAAGACCAGGACAUCGAUGUAGGCGAGGAGGAUCCAGGUGCGAAGGCUGCAGAUAACAUCGAUGACUUGGUGGCAGAGAUCGAGGGGUCGGGACCAAAGGCCGCCGGAGGCAAGAAGUCCAAGAAGAAGGGAAAGAAGAAGGAUGAUGACUGGGAGGAUGACUUGUUGGAAGAGAUGGAAGCCCUCUCCAUGGGUGUAGACGGUACUGCUAAACCAGCAGACAAACCCAAAGAACCACAGGGUGAAACACAGGAGGACAAACCUUCAGACACAGCUGUGCCUAAUGGAACAGUGCCACAGACUACAGACACGCCUUCUGAGGGGGACAAGGAAGAACCAAAGGAAACACCUGCAAAUGACCCAGAUGAAGCUGAAGAUACAGGUCCUACUGUAAAAACAGCAGCCCAGAAAAAAGCAGAAAAGAAAGAAAGAGAAAGGAAAAAGAAAGAGGAACAGAAGAAGAAAGAAAGGGCCAAGAAGGAAGCAGCUGCUCAGAAGGCUGGAGGAAAGAAGGAAGAAGAGACUACAGAAGAAGGAAAAACAGAAGAAGGAAAGGAUGAAGACAAGACUGAGACUUCCAUUCCAGAGGAGGGUGCUGCUAAGGAGGAGGAAGGUGAUGGAGAAGGAGCAGAGGAAGGUACUGACAAGAAAAAGAAGAAGAAAAAGAAAAAGGGAGAGAAAGAGGAAAAAGAGGAGAAAAGAAAAGGUCCCAGCAAGGCAAUGGUUAAGGCCAUGCAGGAGGCUCUGAGAAUAAAACAGGAGGAAGAAGAGAGACUGAAGAGGGAGGAAGAGGAACGCAUCCGCAGGCUGGAAGAGGCAGAGGAAGCACGCAGAGAACAGGAAAGACUAGAGAAAGAAAAGAAGGAAAAGAAGAAGCAGAAAGAAAAGGAACGUAAGGAACGUCUGAAGAAGGAAGGCAAGCUCCUGACAGCGGCGCAGAAACAGCAGCGGAAACGUGCUGAGGAAAUGUUGGAGGCCAUGAGGGCCCAGGGUUUUGAUGUUCCCAGUAAGGAUGAAGUCCAGAAGAAACCAGUCAGAUACGGUUCCAAAAACAAGAACAAGAAGAAGGAGAAAGUUGAAAACCAGGAGCCCACAGUUCCAACAGAAGAAGCAAAGGAACAAGAACAGGAAAAAGAGGAGGCAGCAGAGAUAGCAGCAGAAGGGGAGGAAGUACAGGAGGAGGAAGAACCAACAGCAGAGGGGGAGGAGGAGGAGGAGGAAGAGGAAGAGCUGGAUACCUGGGAAGAGAUGCUGAGUGAUGAUGAAGCAAAGAAAGAGGAAAAAUUGGCCGAGAAGGAAGAGAAAGAAACAGCAGAAAAAACACCAGAAACCAAGGAAGUAGUACCCACAGUUGAAAAGGAGAAACAAGUCGAUCAAGUGUCAAGACAGGAAAGCAAAGAGACAGAAGAAGAGGAAGGAGAAGAGGAAGAUGAAGAGGAAGAAGAUGAUGAUGAAGAAGAAGAGUCCGAGUCAGAAUCUGAGUCAGGGAGUGAAGAAGACCUCUGGGAAACAUCUUUAACUCCCAGAGAAGUAGCACAGGCCAGAAUAGAGAAAAGAAAAGAGCAGGCAGAGAAGAACAGGAGCACUGACAAGCUGCGCUCUCCUGUGGUGGUUGUCCUGGGACAUGUGGACACAGGGAAGACUAAGAUCUUAGACAAGAUCAGACACACCCAUGUUCAGGAUGGGGAGGCAGGGGGCAUCACCCAGCAGAUUGGAGCCACCAUGGUGCCUGUAGACGCCAUCAGGGAACAGGCCAAGAUGGUCAGAAAGUUCUCAGAAUUCAACAUCAAGCUCCCUGGGCUGUUGAUCAUCGACACACCUGGCCACGAAUCCUUCAGUAACCUGAGGUCCCGUGGUUCCUCCCUGUGUGACAUCGCCAUCCUUGUAGUGGACAUCAUGCACGGACUGGAACCUCAGACCAUCGAGUCUCUCAACCUGCUCAAGGCCAGGAAGACUCCUUUUGUUAUAGCCUUGAACAAGAUUGACCGUCUGUACGAGUGGAAACCCAGCCCAAACACUGACGUUCGUGACACGAUAAAGAAACAGAAGAGAAACACGAAGGAUGAGUUUGAUGAGAGGGUGAAAGUCGCCAUCACUGAGUUUGCAGAACAGAGUAUGAAUGUGGCACUGUUCUAUGAGAACAAAGACCCCAAAACCUUUGUGUCCAUGGUGCCGACAUCAGCACACUCCGGAGACGGCAUGGGCAACCUGAUGGGCCUGAUAGUGGAGCUGUCCCAGACUCUACUGGCCAAGAGACUGGCCUUCAGUGAGAGCCUUCAGUGUACAACACUAGAGGUAAAACAGAUCACAGGUCUGGGUACAACAAUAGACGUGAUCCUGGUGAAUGGGAGGUUACACGAGGGGGAGACGAUCGUCGUGGCAGGACAGGAGGGCCCGAUUGUCACCCAGAUCAGGAGUCUGCUCAUGCCACAGCCACUCAAGGAGCUCAGAGUCAAGAAUAAGUAUGAGACACACAAGGAGAUAAUUGGUGCUCAGGGAGUCAAAGUUCUGGCUAAAGACUUGGACAGGGCCUUGGCAGGGACUCCUCUUCUGGUGGCUUACAAAGAAGAUGAAGUGGACAUUUGCAAAGAAGAGGUAGCCCGUAUCCUGAAGCAGACCCUGGAGACUAUCCGUGUACAGGAGAGGGGUGUGUACGUACAGGCCUCCACUCUCGGCUCUCUGGAAGCACUCCUGGAGUUCCUCAAGACUUCAAAAAUUCCAUUUGCAGGAAUCAACAUUGGACCAGUCCAUAAGAAGGAUGUGAUGAAGGCCUCCAUCAUGUUGGAGCAUGACAGUCAAUAUGCAGUGAUCCUAGCGUUUGAUGUCCGUGUGGAGCGUGAUGCUCAGGAGCUGGCUGACAGCCUGGGGAUCCGUGUCUUCACUGCUGACAUCAUCUACCACCUGUUUGACAGCUUCAUGAAGUACAGGGAGGACAUGAAGAAACAAAAACAGGAGGAAUUGCGACAUGUUGCCAUUUUCCCGUGCAAGCUGCGUGUUCUGCCAAACUGUGUCUUUAACUCCAGGGACCCCAUAGUUGUAGGUGUGAACGUUGAAGCUGGUGUCGUCAGACAGGGGAGUCUCAUCUGUGUCAAGAAAGAUGACAAAGUUCUUGACCUGGGCGUGGUGACUAGUCUGGAGGUGAACCACAAGCAAGUUGACAUGGCCAGGAAAGGCUCCGAAGUCUGUGUCAAAAUAGAGAACACUCCAGGGGAAACACCCAAACUGUUCGGCCGACACUUUGACGAAAAAGAUAUUCUCCUUAGCAAGAUAAGUAGAGAAGGAAUCGAUGCCAUCAAGGACUGGUUCCGAGAGGACAUGACCAAGUCAGACUGGCAGCUCAUGAUCGAGCUGAAGAAAAUCUUCCAGAUCAUGUAGCUUCUUGUCUGGUCGCUGCUGCUCAGAAUUGGACAUGUACAACAGUCACAGUGGGCCUUGCCAUGUGCCCACCACACAACUUUGUUUUCUUCUCUUCAUUCUAAAGAUAUCAUGUGUGGAGGUGAUGGGCAGGAAAAUAUGGCAAGAAAAGAAUUCCUGCAUCUUUCUGACAUACAUUUGCUCAUAAGUGUUUGUGCAAAGAUGCAUGAUUGUUUCUUUUACUUUGAAGGUACAGAAACAGAUUGGCUAGCAUGAGAUUGGGGGGGGGGGGGCAUUAUGGCCAUAUUAGAAACUGUAGCUAGUACACACUAUUCUGCACCUUUCAACAGAACCACAUGUACAUCACAGUAUUCAUGAUGGGAACAUUUAGUUCCAACUUCAUCAUAAACAUGUAGUUUACCAAAAGUUAUGAUGGUAUUGACAGCAUUAGUGAAUUUGCCACUUAAUGUAUUUUACAUUUCCUUUGUGUUAUUUUGUGAUAGAUAGACGAAACAAUUCAAUAGAUAUUGGCAACAUGCCAGUUAUAUCAUAAUGGAAACCUUCUCAAAACUUACAAAAUUUGGGAAGGAAAAUUUCCCCUGGCUUCUUCACAAAAUGUCUUAAAGUUUCAAUCACAAACUUGGUAUGGACCAGGAGUCCCACAACUGAAAAUCAGUCUUCAAACCAAGGUUAUCAUUUUCAUUGUCUCUCAGUAGUUAGCAAAAAUUAUGAACACUAUAGAGCCAUUCUAAAUGCAGUUUAUGCUAUAUUAAAGAUGCACUUAUCUUUUUUUUUCUAAGGCAAUGUCAUUCCAGGUUGCUCAAAAUCUGCCUAGUACUGCCUAUAGAAUUUCUCCUAUUACUUAAAACACCCAACAGGUUUUGCUGCACUGCAGUGAAAGAAUAGCCUGGGUGCCAUCCUCCGCAGUUACCAUCAGCUCCCUAUUGUCUAUGGCUACCACGGCAUCCAGGCUAGUGAAAGAAUGAAUGGAUGUCAUUUUGGAGAGCAGGCUUUAUCAUAGCUGAAAAGAAUCUUAAAUAAGAGUUUGCAUUGAAUUUGUGGAAGAAAUCUGAUUGGUUGUCUGACAGUGAAAUCUAUUAUUGCUGCCUUCUCAGAUAACCACAAAAUCCAUGGUGUAUUUUCUACCUUGUGGUUAUCUCUCCUAUUGUCCACUGAAGAAAGGUAUUGGCUGUUUUCUUUCCUCUCUUGAAUAGGAGAUAAAAAUGUCCAGAGUUUACAUCGUGGGUUGUCCAGCCUUCAAUAUGCCAAUGCUUGUUAGUUUGGACCUCUUUUCAUUGAGGGAAGAUGAAAAAAAUUGUUUAAAAAAAAUGUAGUGUUCUGUCAAAUUGUACCAGUGCAUUUCUUAUACGUAUUAAAGGUUGAAAAAAGGGCCAUACGUAUAUGUAGAAUGGUAAAAUCCUCUGAUUAACCUUCCCCACUAUUGUGUGUACAGUGCUUGUGGAUAUGCCUCAGAGGAGAACCCUAUCUCUUUGUAACCGAAAUGUCAGAGGAUCAGACCUGUAUCAGUGUACACACUAACUAUUGUGUACAAACUUGUACCCGAAGCUACAUGACUGCUGAGUAAGAGGUCUGCAGUGUUGAUGGAUGUAAUCUUUAAUUUCUGCUGCAAAAGGGCUAUCAUGUUGUUUUGUGAGGUGGGGGGUGGGCUAUCAAAAUCAAGUGAAUGCCAAUGAAAUUUUGACAAAUGUAUUCAACAACAAAAAAUUCACCUGUCCGAAGCUUUCUUUAAGGUUUGGGGAUGCUUCUUUGUUAAGGGCUCCACAAAACUGAUCAUGAAAUUACAUGUAUCCAACUUGUCUCCUCUCCUUGAAGCUUAAUAGUUUGCUUUCCUAUCCUUGUGUAUGGUACAAGACUAUUCAAUAUGGCUGACCAAACAACAUGUAUAAACAUGUUAAUAGCUAUGCUGCACUGAUGUAUAGCUUUGCUAGGUCACCUGUAUGCUUUAUGAAUUACAGGCAACAAUAAACA